AUGGAGUAUCAGCCGCUGAGGGCACCGCCUACGGCGAAAGCGGCGCCAUCUUUGCGCACUCAAUCUGAAUCCCAGUAUUGGAGAAACCAAUUCCAGUCCCCAGUUUUCUUAAAGGAAUUUGCGCCUGUUACUUCCAUUCAUUUUGCUCCUGCUGCUGUAAGUCAUGAUGAUGUCGGCACGAGUGGAUCUUCCAUGGCUGGAUCACGAGGUCGUUUUGCCGUAACGACAGGCACACGCGUACAGAUUUACAGUAUGCGGACUAGUCGUGCUGUUAAAACCAUCACGCGUUUCAAAGACGUGGCACGAAGUGCUCAUUUUCGCUCUGAUGCUCGUUUGCUUGUCGCAGGCGAGGAUACUGGCGCUGUUCAAGUGUUUGAUACCAACUCGCGAACAAUUUUGCGAUCUUUCAAAGGGCACCAAAUGCCCGUACAUGUAUCCAAAUUCUCGCCUGAAGUGACACAAAUCCUCACGACAUCCGAUGACCGCACCGUCCGACUUUGGGACAUGCCGGAGCAAAAAGAGUUGCGUCGCUUUGAGUCGCAUCUGGAUUAUGUGCGUGCCGGUACUGUGUCACCGGAGAAUCCUAACAUCAUUCUCUCGGGCUCAUACGAUAGCACUGUGCGCCUAUGGGACCUGCGCAUGAGUGAAAAUGGUGGCGAAGCCAUGUGCAUGGAGCAUGGCGCACCUGUGGAAGAUGUCCUUAUAUAUCCUACUGGCGGUGGAAGUAUUGCUAUUAGUGCUGGAGGUCCUAUGCUACGUGUGUGGGACUUGAUGAGCGGUGGCCGUUGCACUCAUGCCAUCUCCAAUCACCAAAAAACGAUUACCAAGCUGGCUUUGUCUGUGGAUUCAGGCGCUGGAUUUACGUCCGAAUCCAGUGAAGGUGGCAUGCGUUUGUUGAGUGGUGGUUUGGACCAUCUCGUUAAGGUAUAUGACCCUGCACAAGACUAUCGCGUGACACAUACAAUGCGCUACCCAGCUCCUAUUUUGAGUUUAGCUGUCAGCCCCGAUGAAAGUCAUAUUGCUGUGGGUAUGUCUGAUGGAACGCUGUGCAUUCGUAAACGAGAACUCAAGGCUAGUGAGAUCGAGAGCCGAGAGCGCCGACGUGCAGCCUUCCGCACAGGCGCCUACCAGCAUUUUGUUGAUGGUGGUGAAGGCACGAAUGGCCCCACGCGUGCCAGUGCAGCUACGCGUGUGGACGAGCUGACUGUGGAAUCGACACGACGAAAACGAUUGAAGCGGUACGACCAACUGCUUAAAGCGUUCAGGUACCGUGAUGCUUUGGACGCGAGUCUUCAACAGGGCGUUCCUGCAAGUGUGACAUUCGCUCUUAUCAUGGAGCUUAUUCGUCGUUCCCCUAGUGGACAAGCUGAUGGCUUGCGACGUGCCAUCUCUGGGCGUGACGACGUCACACUCGAGCCGCUUCUGCGCUUCCUACUUCGUCAUGUAACGAACCCGCAAUUCACCAGCCUUGUGUGUGAUACACUGAAUAUGGUCAUCGAUACAUACGCCUCCGUGUUAGGCCAAUCGCCCAUCAUUGACGAUCUGUUUGGUCGUAUUUGGGCCAAGCUAGCGGAAGAAAUGCGCUUGCAAACGCAGUUGUUCCAAGUCAAUGGUGCGCUGGAAAUGGUUCUGGCACGAUCUGCUCUCGGUGCUGCGUCCACAUAG